UUAGGAUAUAUAUUUUUUUUUUCGUGUGUGCAAUUCUAAGAAAUUAAUGGCCAUGAGUUCGUUUUUGAUCAACUCCAACUAUGUGGACCCCAAGUUCCCACCCUGUGAAGAGUAUUCCCACAGCGAUUACCUUCCCAAUCACUCGCCGGAAUAUUACAGCAGCCAGAGGCGAGAGGGCACUUUCCAACAUGAAGCGAUGUACGAGCCGCGGUCAGCGUGCAACGAGCAGCUCUACUCGUCCUGUCCGAGCUCCGGCCACCAAGCAGCGGUCUUAUCCCCCCGGGGUCAUGUCCAUCCUCCGGCCGGACUGCAGAGCCACCUCUCUGAGCCAAAUCAGCCCUGCGAGCCGGGCACCCCAAGCCCGCCGCCCUCCUGCAGCCAAAACUCUCUGAACCAAAGCCCGGCCAGGUCCUCGUGCAAAGAGCCGGUAGUUUAUCCCUGGAUGAAAAAAGUCCAUGUAAGCACGGUAAACCCCAAUUACUCCGGCGGGGAGCCCAAGCGCUCGCGCACCGCGUACACCCGCCAGCAGGUCCUGGAGCUGGAGAAGGAGUUUCACUACAACCGCUAUCUCACGCGGAGGCGCAGGGUCGAGAUCGCGCACAGCCUCUGCCUCUCCGAGCGUCAGAUCAAGAUCUGGUUCCAGAACCGGCGCAUGAAAUGGAAAAAAGAUCACAAGUUACCAAAUACCAAGAUCAGAUCUAAUUCCUCCAGCUCCUCGGGCAGCCUGCAGCUACAGCAAGGAGCUUCUCAAAGCCGAUCCAAUGGACCAGCCAGCAGCCUAUAACUAUUCCGUGUGUGGAUGAGAGCGUGKCUGUGGGUACGAGUUUGGGGGUGUGUGUAGCGAACGCAGGAUAUUUUUUGUUCUAACAGCCAGGGAAGGAGGGGUGCUCUAUAUUUAUAGGAAGGACAGAGGCAGGCUCGGCUCCAACAAAGCCGGGCCCUGCUGUUGUGCCUCUCUUCCAUUAAGAGGAGGCUGUAGAGAGUAGUUUUCAGAUUUGGCUAAGAUGGAUCCUUGUUUCAUCUUUAAUCACGCCAAGCUCUGCCCCAUUUGUCAUGUUUACUCUCCCGUACAAAGGAUGGACCUUAUGUCUGCUAUUACCUCGACAACUAGCGUUCACUUUAAUAAAUGAGGCUCAGUUUCUUC